AAAAAAUUAAAGACAAUAUGCCCCAAUUCACCACCCUAUAUAAUCUUUACCCAGGCCUUAUCACUGCUAAAAAACACAACCUUAUUUCUCCACGCAUGGGUGAAGUCUCAACCCACAAGCGAGAGCGAGAGGGCUCCGACGAGUUAUGGGACUCGCCGGAGGAGAAGCGCGUGCGGUCUGAUCUUUUAUUCUGCAUCUUUGACGAUGACACCGAUGACGGAAGUGAGGAUGGCCUUGCUUUUGUCAUGAAGAGCCUUGAGGAAGAGAUUGGACUACCGUCCCCAAUAGACCCUCAGCAGUCGGAGGUACCCUUCGUCUCCGGCGAUGCACAACAGAAAGAACUAGGAUACCUUCUUGAGGCCUCCGACGACGAGCUUGGCCUACCGCCGACGGUGGCCUCCUCAGAGGAGGGUGGUUCGGAGGUUAAAAAGGUUUGCGGCGACAUGGAUGCCGGAUUUGGCCAGAUCUGGGGCUUGGCUGAUGAAUUGCCGGAGAGCUUCGAAGGCUUUGACUACACUUCCUUUCGUCCUGAUGAGAGUCAAUCUUUUGCUGGCGAAGAUGUGGGCUUUUUAGAAGGAGAGCUGUUCGGUUACACUGAUGUGGUCUACCCGCUGUCCGAUAUUGCCGAGCCAUCGUGGCGGCCAGAGUCCUUGCCAGCAGUUUAGUUGAUUCACCGGAAAUCUUUAAAUUUUUCUUUUUAGCUUGUAGGUUUCUUUUUUGGAACAGGGGCAUGUGUAAAUUUUAUAAAUGAUGAACCUCAGAGCAAAACAUUUUAAUUGACAUUAGUGAAUACCACGGUUUGACGUCAGCAAUCUCAUUUUUUGCGUCUUUAU